AUGUUUCGCCGCGAAAGAAGGAGUGACACUCCUCCCCCAACACCUGCAGAGCAGUUCAGAAGAGAUGUCAAAUUCACACUUCCAACCGCAACCCAAGGCCUAUCUCCUCUUCUUACGUUGCCUGCUGAGAUUCAACGAAUGAUCUUUACCGAACUACUUGGGGAUAAACUUGUUCACGUUCAUCUUCGUCAUAAGGACGACAAAUACGAACGAGAAGGAGCUCCUAGCAAGGUUUCGAGAUGGGUUCAUUGCGUCUGUCAUCGUGGACACAAAACAAUUCCUCACUACCACGAAGAAAAGAACCACCAGUGGUGUUUUCUGUCCACAGACAUCCUCAGGACUUGCCAGUCCGCCUACCUACAGGGUCUCCCAGUCCUAUAUCAGACCAACACCUUUUCCUUCCGCUGCGUCAAAGAUGUGAUAGUAUUUGAAGGCCUUUUUGUGUAUUUCUCAUCACUUGCUCAGUCCAUCGAUCUUUAUUGUACCCAAUGCGGCUGCCACACGGAACCUAUAUGCCGCCAUCAUGAGCACAGCGGUUCGGGCUGGAGAAUUCGUUCGUCCUAUUUCGACCACUACUACCGUUUGUUUUUGACAACAUCAAGUAGCAGUGGCAACAUCAGAACUUUGAGGCUAUAUUUCGAAAACAGUGAUAGCGCUUCCGUCUACCAUCGAACAAAGUCCCUGCUACUAUCAUACAUUUUGCCUGUCGCUCAGAUUCAGAUAUUCGUGCCAGGCGAAUUGGACGAAAGGACAGAUAGUGCGAUCAGGGUUGAAGCAACUCGUGACCAGCGUAAUCGUAUCAGUGUCAUCAGACAUACAAAGGAUCUCAACGACUGUUCUGUAUAA